GGCAGGUAAGGCCACAGGGUGGCAGCAAUCAGCCUCCUAGGCAUGAGUGCGGAGAUAUGGGAUCUGGCUCCUUAGGGAAAGGGGGGCACUCCAGAAAAACCACCCUGGUUGAGAGGUCCCUGUUCAUCCCAGGGAAGAAGGAAGGCUGGGGCAAAGAAAAAGGAACUGUCAGUGCCAAACUUUCCAACCUGGUCAAGAGCCAAGUCCACUCUUUGUGAAAGAACAAAUGAUCCUGGAUGAGGUUAAUGGGAAUGCCAGAAAGACCUGAAGAGGAAGAAGUGGACUGAGGGUCACCAGCUGACGCCUCCCACCCAGGCCCAACACACAAGGUAGCACCAAGGAACCUCGAGGGUCCUUAAGGCACUCCCAGCCCCCACCCUUGGGUUCCUCUCAAGUCCUACCCAGACUUGCUGUGGUUUCCUCUGGCGGCAUCUCUGAUCCCUGACAGCCAAGGCACACCCCCCGCCCCCGCCACUGCACUAAUGGCUCAGCCUGGAGCCCCAGGGACUUCCCCCCUCCCCGAGUGCGCUGCUGGCCCCCUGGCCCCCCUCACUGCUGAAACCCAAUCCUCUGCGGCAGCUCUGGCUCAGCAUCACUUCAGCACCGCUCCUCAGCCCCUGCUGCCGCCACUGCCUGCGCCCUGCCUGGGCUGUGCUGCACAGACCCCAGCCCAGCGCCAAGCCCCGAGGAACCGCUGCCUCUUUCUGCAGGCAGACUGACCAGGCCACUUCGUCCUGUCCGGCCAGGCCAGCAUCUCCCCGCCCCUUAGUCCCGGUUCCUUCUCCCUUCUCUCCUCUCCUCUUUUCUCUCCUCUCCUCCCCUUGCCUCACCCACUGUGGCCUCUUCUUGGCCACCUGCAUCCUAUCUCACCCCCUGCUGGCACAGCCCUCCAGCUAACCUAUCCUGCCAACAGGUCCUAGGUGCAGCCCCCUCUGAGGGCUGCGACCAUGAAGCCCCCAUCAGAACAGAAAGCAGCCCAACGGUCAGCCUCUGACAUCCGCGUGUUCGCCAGCAGCUGUACACUGCACGGGCUGGGGCAUGUCUUCGGCCCUGGGGGCCUGACCCUGCGCCGGGGGUUGUGGGCUGCAGCUGUGCUCCUGUCGUUGGCUGCCUUCCUCUACCAGGUGGCUGAGAGGGUGCGUUACUAUGGAGAGUUCCACCAUGAGACAGCCCUGGAUGAGCGCGAGAGCCACCAGCUCACCUUCCCAGCCGUCACCCUCUGCAACAUCAACGCACUGCGCCGCUCACGCCUCACACCCAAUGACCUGCACUGGGCUGGACCUGCGCUGCUGGGCCUGGACCCUGCUGAACACGCGGCCUUCCUGCGUGCCCUGGGUCGGCCCCCUGCACCACCCGGCUUCAUGCCCAGUUCCACAUUCGACAUGGCACAGCUGUAUGCUCGUGCCGGCCACUCCUUGGAGGACAUGCUGCUGGACUGCCGCUACCGUGGUCAACCAUGUGGGCCUGAGAACUUCACUGUGAUCUUGACCAGGAUGGGACAGUGCUAUACAUUCAACUCUGGUGCCAAUGGGGCAGAGCUGCUCACCACUCCCAAGGGUGGUGCUGGCAAUGGGCUGGAGCUCAUGCUGGAUGUGCAGCAGGAGGAGUACCUGCCUGUGUGGAGAGACAUGGAGGAGACCCCAUUUGAAGUGGGGAUUCGAGUGCAGGUCCACAGCCAGGAGGAGCCGCCAGUCAUCGACCAGCUGGGCUUCGGUGCUGCUCCUGGCUACCAGACCUUUGUGUCCUGCCAGCAGCAGCAGCUAAGCUUCCUACCUCCACCUUGGGGUGACUGCAGUUCUGUGUCUCUGGACCCUGACUUUGAGUCAGAGUCCUCCGAUGCCUUGGGUUUCCCUGAGCCCAGCCCCAACCCCAGCCCUCCCUACAGCCUAAUGGGGUGUCGCUUGGCCUGUGAGGCCCGCUACGUGGCUCGCAAGUGUGGCUGUCGAAUGAUGCACAUGCCCGGAGGCGCACCCGUAUGCAGCCCCCAACAGUACAAGGAUUGUGCCAACCCGGCCCUGGACGCCAUGCUGCGGAAGGACGCGUGCGUCUGUCCCAACCCGUGUGCCAUCACACGCUACGCCAAGGAGCUCUCCAUGGUUCGGAUCCCGAGCCGUGCCGCCGCCCGCUACCUGGCUCGGAAAUACAACCGCAGCGAGGCCUACAUCACGGAGAAUGUGCUUGUCUUAGACAUCUUCUUCGAGGCCCUCAACUAUGAGACGGUGGAGCAGAAGAAGGCCUACGAAGUGUCAGAACUGCUAGGCGACAUUGGGGGCCAGAUGGGGCUGUUCAUUGGGGCCAGCCUGCUCACCAUCCUUGAGAUCCUAGACUACCUCUGUGAGGUGUUCCAAGACAGAGUUCUGGGGUAUUUCUGGAACCGAAGGCGCUCCCAGAGGCACUCCAGCACCAGUCUGCUUCAGGAAGGACUGAGCAGCCAACGAACUCAAGUUCCUCAUGUUGGUCUUGGCCCCAGGGCUCCCACCCCUCCCUGUGCCAUCACCAAGACUCUCUCUGCCUCCCACCGCACCUGCUACCUCGUCACUCGGCUCUAGCCCUUCCAUCCGGGUCCUUGUGGCCACAACUCAACAUUCUGGAUGGAGCCAGCAUAUGUGUGUCUUGGCUAUCUUCACCCCAAAUAAAGUACUAAUGCAUCUGC